GGUUCUAAACGUCACCGUCACAUUUCAUCCUUCUUUCUUUUGCCGAACGUGGAACGGUGAGGUACGCUUACGCAGUAAAGUUUACUGAAGUUUUUAAUCCGCGAAAAGUAAUAAUGACUGAAACACUGCAGUUGCGCGGUCAACUCGUUGGCCAUUCAGGAUGGGUCACACAAAUUGCUACAAAUCCGAAGUAUCCGGAUAUGAUUUUAUCUUCAUCUCGUGACAAAACUUUAAUCGUCUGGAAACUCACUCGUGAUGACGCUAGCUAUGGCAUUCCCCAGAAACGUUUAUACGGCCAUUCACACUUCAUCAGCGAUGUCGUUUUGUCUUCGGAUGGUAACUACGCACUGUCAGGUUCUUGGGAUAAAACUUUGCGUCUGUGGGAUCUGGCUGCCGGAAAAUCAACCCGUCGGUUCGAAGACCAUACGAAGGAUGUUCUUUCUGUUGCUUUUUCAGUCGAUAAUCGUCAAAUCGUAUCUGGAUCUCGCGACAAGACCAUCAAGUUAUGGAACACACUAGCCGAAUGCAAGUACACCAUCCAGGAAGAUGGCCACUCUGAUUGGGUGUCUUGCGUGCGUUUUUCGCCAAAUCAUUCUAAUCCAAUAAUCGUUUCGGCGGGUUGGGAUCGUGUUGUUAAAGUAUGGAAUUUGGCUAACUGCAAGUUGAAGAUCGAUCACUUGGGACACAAUGGUUAUCUAAACUCAGUGUCUGUGUCUCCGGACGGUUCACUUUGUACUUCCGGUGGUAAGGAUUGCAAGGCCUUCCUUUGGGAUCUGAAUGACGGCAAGCAUCUGCACACGCUGGAGCACAACGAAGUCAUAAAUGCUCUAUGCUUCUCGCCGAACCGUUACUGGCUUUGUGUUGCGUAUGGUCCCUCUAUCAAAAUUUGGGAUUUGGCUUGCAAAACCAUGGUCGAAGAAUUGAAGCCAUCAAAGGCCGAUCCCCCGCAAUGUCUAUCAUUGGCCUGGUCCACAGACGGACAAACAUUAUACGCUGGCUAUUCUGACAACAUCAUCCGGGUCUGGCAAGUGUCGGUUUCAGCCCGUUAAAUGCAUAAUAUCGUAUGCUGAACAAUACAUAAAGAUUCGUAUAUCGAAUAUUA